AUGACAAUUGAGCUGAGUGCUCCCGAAGAAGUGAUGCUAAAGCGUCUGGCUGCAAUGGAGGUGGGUCCGCAUUUUCGACAUCAAACUCGAGAUGAGCCACCCCUUUCACAAGAGGAGAAGAUACGAAUAGCGGGUGAUUUGCUGCGACGCAAUCCGGGUGAAUUUCUUGCUCGAUAUUAUCGAUUUCUCUCCUGGCCCGAUGAUGCUGUAUGUUUCAAUGAACUCUGGCAUGAUUACACUGUGUCCUACUAUUUGAAAGAGGUUGUUGGAUUUGCUAAACCCGUUGAAUCUGCUCAGAACUCUCACUUGGAUGAAGAGUCCGAUGAGUUGAAUAUUCGUGAGAAUCUUAGACGCAGACGAGAAUUGCAGAUUAAGAAUCGUCGUUUAGUGGCCCUGCGCCGAAUGGAAGCAGAAGCGAAUGCUGAUCCUACGGAGGGUUUUUUCUCCCAUGAAUCUAUGCGUGAACGCGACCCAGUGCUAUGGGAACGCAUGGUGGGCCGUCACCUCACCGAUGCCCACAGACGCUCUCUCUUGGGUCACCAGUAUGAAUCUUUUAGUGGUAUGCUACUCUCCCAACUCUUGGAAUCCGAUGGAAUGCCAGAUCGACGGCCGGAUGAUACUGAUGAGGAGGAAUCGGAUGAAGAAAUGAGGAAUGGAGAACAAAGGCGAGAAGGAAAAAAGGAGACAGAAGAAAAAUAUGAGUGUGCGAAUAAGGAGUUCAGAGAAUUGAUGUAUUCACGAUUCCUUGCCGGCAAUGAUAGUACCGUGGACUAUGAGACAAUAGACAACGACGUUACGCUGGAUGAUGAAUUGGAAGAGCGUGGUCGCGAUGCUGAAGAAAGCUACUUCGAUUCCGAAAGUCCAGCACCAGCACCUCCUUUCGAGCCUCCCAUCGGGGAAACUGUAGACCCUAGACGUUCCGAAUAA